AUGCAUGCCUUGUGUCGGGAGAUUGAAGAGAUUGAAGAGAUUGAAGAGAUUGAAGAGAUUGAAGAGAUUGAAGAGAUUGAAGAGAUUGAAGAGAUUGAAGAGAUUGAAGAGAUUGAAGAGAUUGAAGAGAUUGAAGAGAUUGAAGAGAUUGAAGAGAUUGAAGAGAUUGAAGAGAUUGAAGAGAUUGAAGAGAUUGAAGAGAUUGAAGAGAUUGAAGAGAUUGAAGAGAUUGAAGAGAUUGAAGAGAUUGAAGAGAUUGAAGAGAUUGAAGAGGGAGAAGAGGGAGAGGAAAGGUUGCCGGGGUUUAUGCUCUCAGAGACCCGUCCCAAUUAG